AUGCCCAUUGCAAUCGUUGGAAUGGGCUUCAGAGGCCCUGGGAGUGCCACCCAUAUUAAGGAAUUAUGGACGAUGAUUCUCGAAGGGCGGGAGGCGUGGAGUCCAAUUCCAAAGUCUCGAUGGAAUAAUGAUGCCUUUUAUCAUCCGGACCACUCACGACAUGGAACAGUGAGUACAGUCAUAUCCUCCAGACAUUUGACCAUCUUAGAGCUGACAACAAGACACACACAGAUCAACGUUGAAGGCGGGCAUUUCCUAGCAGAAGAUGUGACUUUGUUUGAUGCACCAUUCUUCAACAUGACAAGCGACGAGGCGGCCGCGAUGGACCCUCAGCAGCGGCUGUUACUUGAGGUUACUUACGAAGGCUUCGAAAAUGGUAUGUCCAUGCUGUCCUCGUAUCCGGGUGUACGCUCACAGCCAAUAGCUGGUAUCCCGAUGGCAAAGAUUAUGGGCAGUUCAACAGCCUGCUUUGUUGGUUGUUUCAACGCCGACUACACCGAUCUUCUCCUCCGUGACCCAGACUGCAUUCCGAUGUAUCAGUGCACAAACUCAGGGCAGUCGCGAGCCAUGACGGCGAACCGAGUGUCGUACUUCUUUGACAUGAAAGGCCCUAGUGUCACAGUUGAUACCGCCUGUUCAGGUAGUUUGACAGCUCUCCAUCUGGCAUGUCAAAGCCUCCGGACCGGUGAUGCGUCGAUGGCCGUCGCAGCGGGAGUCAAUUUGAUUCUUAGCCACGAGUUCAUGUCAACAAUGACUAUGAUGAAGUUCCUUUCCCCGGACGGACGAUGCCAUACAUUCGACGAAAAUGCCAGCGGAUACGCUCGAGGCGAAGGUAUUGGGUGUUUGAUCCUCAAGCCAUUAAGAGACGCCAUUCAAGACCAUGACCCCAUCCGCGCCAUAAUCCGAGGCUCUGGGCUGAAUCAAGACGGGAGAACCCCCGGAAUUACCCUGCCGAAUGGCACAUCGCAAGAAGCUCUGAUGCGUCAUGUCUACGAGGUGGCUGGCCUCGAUCCAUGCGAGACGGACUUCGUCGAAGCCCACGGUACUGGAACUCAGGCUGGCGACCAUAUUGAAACAGCAGCUCUCGCAAAGGUAUUUUGCCACAAUCGAAGUCCCAUGCGACCGCUACGAGUCGGGUCCAUUAAAACCAACGUCGGCCAUCUAGAGGGUACGAGUGGAGUUGCGGGCGUUAUUAAAGCCGUCCUGAUGCUUGAGAAUCGGACCUUUCUUCCCAACCGCAACUUUCGAGUGGUCAAUCCUCGUAUCCGAUGCGAAGACUGGAAACUGAAGAUACAGUUAUCUGCGGAGCCGUGGGAAUACCCGGGCCCGCAUCGUGUUUCUGUAAACAGCUUCGGAUAUGGGGGGAGUAACGCACAUGCCAUACUCGAAGAUGCAUCAGGCUAUCUUUACAGUCGUGGACUGAGAAGUAUAGUGCAACAUGGCGAGCAUGUUGUCGAUGCCAACCAAGUUUGCCCUAACCGAUCUCGAGUCUACAUGUUCUCUGGGUUUGAUGAGAGGUCCACCACGAGGCAGCUUCAGAACUUUCGAGAAUAUCUACUCAAGGAAAGGUCCGAGGCAGAUGAUAGAUACAUGAGUAACCUAGCUUAUACGUUGAACGAACGCCGUACGGUCCAUGCCUGCAGAGCUGCCAUUGUGGGAGCAUCUCCUGCCACACUAGCAGAAGCAUCAUCUGGUCGGGUGAAAAUUGUUAAAGCUCGUCGACGACCAACUAUCGCGUUCGUCUUCACGGGACAGGGUGCGCAGUGGGCGGGAAUGGGAAAGGAGCUAUUCGAGGCAUACCCGGUAUUCCACGAAUCAAUCCAAAGAAUCGACGACUAUAUGCUAUCCAUUGGUGCUCCUUACUGUAUGGUGGAUGAGAUCCUGAAGACUCAAGAAGUUUCGCGACUGAGCAACCCCCUCUUCAGCCAGCCCAUAUGUUCUGCCCUUCAGAUAGCCCUGGUUGAUCUACUGGCAUCUUGGGGAAUACAUCCAGACUCAGUAACCGGACACUCUAGCGGGGAAAUUGCCGCUGCAUAUGCUACUGGCGCAUUGACCAUGGAGGAUGCCAUGGCAGUGGCUUACUACCGAGGAGUGGUUGUCAGUAGCUCGUCUUUCGCUAAUGGGCAGAUAAGGGGGGCCAUGCUUGCCCUCGGGACGUCUGUCCGGGAGAGCCAGUCGUAUCUCGAGAUGCUCCAAUCGGGCAAGGCUGUUGUAGCGUGCAUCAACAGCCCAACGAGUGUCACGAUUGCCGGAGACCUUCCUGCUAUCGAUGAAUUAGAGCGGAUCGUUCGCGAGAAGCAAGUUUUCAGCCGCCGACUAGCAGUGGAAGUUGCAUACCAUUCCCACCAUAUGGAAUUAGUUAAGGAGCAGUACUUGGGUCAUAUAGCGCAUGUGAGCCCACGGAGCCGUGAGGAGGUUGCAAACUAUCUUCAUAAUCGAUCUGUAUCCUUUUUCUCUUCCGUUACAGGAGCGGAGAUCAACCCAUCCGAACUGGAUUCACGAUAUUGGGUUAGUAACCUUCUAAACCGGGUGAAUUUUGCCGAUUCGUUGCGCGCUCUGUGCUUUGAGACAAUUAACCAGCGGGAUCCCGUCAGGACGCUAAGAGACAAGCGAAUAAAGCGAGCCGGUACGGCUCAAAAGGUCAGCGUGGAUGCCCUUGUUGAGGUUGGUCCUCAUGCUACACUGGCAGGGCCAAUCAAGCAGACCUUGCGAGAUGACACAAAGCUCAAUGCAGCUGAUAUUUUAUGCAUUAGUGUUUUGACCAGAAAGAGCAAUGCUAUUACAACGGCUCUAACGGCUGCCGCUACACUAAUGUGUACCGGAUAUCCCGUGGACUCCCGGGCGAUUAACGAUCCCACGGCUUCCCAGGAACCAAGCGUGCUUGUUGACCUCCCUCAGUAUUCGUGGAGUCAUACAAACACAUAUUGGGCAGAGCCCCGGGUUAGCAAGACCUUUCGCAAUCGCAAGCAUGCCAGGACAGAUCUAUUGGGCGUCAUCGAUAGGAUGGCUUGUUCUUUUCAGCCUUUGUGGAGAAACUUUCUUCGCGUGUCUGAAAACCCUUGGCUAUUGGAUCACAGAAUCGAAUCUAAUAUUGUAUAUCCUGCUGCUGGGUAUAUUGUCAUGGCGAUAGAGGCAUUCCUUCAGCAUACCUUAAUCGGUACCACUGCAGAUGAGAAACCCACAAUCUACAUUCGUGACAUAUCCAUUCAAUCGGCUCUAGUACUCCACGAGACAGCGGCUGUAGAGACCUUACUCAUACUUAACCAAUGCGAGAGCAACUCUCGUGGCUCCCAUCAGGCUCACAAAUUUCACAUUUACUCAGUCACGCAGGACAACAUAUGGACAGAGCAUUGCAAUGGUUUGAUCGGAGCACAGAAUGGCGAUCAGGUCGAAUCUGGUCUUGAAUCUGAGCGAGCAGCCCACAACUUUACUUCCCUCGACAUCCCAUCAUUUUACAAAGCCUUAGCCAGUGUCGGGCUCGAGUACGGACCGUGUUUCGCUAACAUCAAGCAAGCACGCUUCAAGAACUCAACGUGUAUAUCAGAGAUUAUCACUCCAGAUACUGCUGCAGUGAUGCCCAUGAAUUUUCAGUUUCCGUUUCUGAUACAUCCUUGCACUUUGGACAGUAUAAUACACACAAUAUUCGUCAACACGGACACCAUCAACGACCCUGCCGUUCCUGUCCGUAUCGAUGAGAUGUGCGUGUCAUGCCGCACAGAUUACGCGGCUGGGAGCAAACUAAAUGUGUUGACCAAAACACAGUGCACAAGAAAGGGGGAUCUUAUAGCCUCGAUUUCAGUUCUGGAUAAAUCUCGGCGACCGUCUAUUUCGAUUACGGGUCUACGGUGCAGGCGUCUUGGACCGAGCCCACCUCCGGAGUCGAAGAGAAUGAAGAAUCAUAUAGCACAUGAGUUGAAAUGGGAUUUGGAUAUAGAUUUCCUGACCGGGUCUGCGUUAUCGAGCAUUGUCCCCGUCUGCAAGGAGUCAAAAAAGCAGUCUAGUGGAUUUAACGCUUUGCAUGAAGCAUGCGCAUUAUACUACAUCAAGGAAUACGUUAAACAUGUGGAUCAAGCGACCACUGAGAAGCUCCAGCCUUUCAGGAAAAGACAGCUCGAAUUCUUCAAAGAGAUAGCGACCCAGCGAUAUCGAAGAUCCCGCAAUAUUCAGAGCGGUGAUAUCGAACGAGUCAAAUCUUCCGGUCCUGAAGGUCAUGUUCUCUGCACUGUGGGCGCCAAUCUCUCUCUUAGCUUGACGGAGGACACCAGCCUUGGAACAGUUGAUGAACACUCCAUGUGGGAUGAGUACUGGAAAACGGUCUACGGUGACCCGGCAUAUGAAACAGUCUCCAUGUACUUGGACCUGGUUGGCCAUAAGAACCCUAUGGUAUCAAUCCUUGAAGUCGAGGCUAGUACGGGUGGAGCAUCGAAGAGAUUCCUCCAACGGCUCGUCGGGGCAAAGGGUGGUGUUACUCGAUUCACCAAGUAUACCGCAACACACCCAGAUCUACAUCUUCUAGAGUCAACACGAGACGAGAUCUGUGCAUGGGACCACUGCGUGGAAAUCAAGGAGCUUGACGUCGAGGGAGACCUAGAUGCCCAGGGUUUCGCCAUACAGCAAUACGAUGUCGUGGUUAUUGCACAUGGGCUAUACACAGUCAAAUCGAAGCAUAAAGCAUUGAGCAAUAUUCAUAGUCUCCUCAAGCCUAAUGGCCAUCUGGUCCUGAUCGAUCCUUUAUUCAAGCCGAAAUUAUCCGAGUAUGUAAUAUUCGCUGAUUUUGCGGGGCCGUGGAAGCAAGAUGGGGUUGGAUAUUUCAACAAUGACUUGAUAACCACUCUAAAGGAUGCUCAGUUCUCGGAACUGCAAGAACUAAACGGAUCUAGAGAUCAACAUAUGGUUAUUAUUUCUCGACCUACAAGACAACAGACUUCGCUCACGUCAGAAGUUGUGAUUGUUGCAGAGGAAGGCGAGUGUGGUGUACAGAUACCCCAUUUGCGAGACCUUCUUUCUUCAGUAUCGCAAGUUGACACAACCGACCUUGCUCAUCUAAAGCCGCAGAGAAAGGCUUGUAUCGUCCUAAGCGAUCUGCAGUUACCGGUCCUAACACAUCUAAAUCAAGCAACAAUGGAUAUAAUUAAGCAGAUGUUUCUGGAAGCGGCCUUCGUCCUCUGGGUGACGCGUGGUGGCACAAUCACACCAGCCAAUCCAGAAGCCGGCAUUAUCACCGGCUUUACACGGACUGCUCGCUCAGAGACGGGAGUAGAGCCUAUUAUCACACUUGAUUUAGAUGCUGGCAGUCCGCUUUGCGGGUAUCGAGCGGCUGAACUCAUCUACGAUCUUGUUCGUCAUCGUAUGUUGGGAGGGAAGUCAGCCGAGUCCGAUACAGAGUAUGUGGAAAGGAGUGGUGCGCUUCUUGUCCCUCGGAUUAUGGAGAACCGACGGUUGAAUGAAGCGAUUGCAUCUGUUCAAGAUAAGCAUCUCACAAGCGUUGAAGCCUUCCAUCAGGAGAACCGACCUUUGAGAGUGGCGGUGAAUGAUAGUGUCCAACCCGAAGAUAUCCACUUCAUAGAUGACAGCCGGAUUACCACGCUUUCGGAUAAUGAGGUCCGCAUACAAGUCCAUGCCGUCGGCCUGAGUGAGCGAGAUGCGCAGCUAGCGGACAACCAAGCUUCAGGCGCAGCGGAAAUUGGGCUCGGAUGUAGCGGGACUGUACAAGCUGUCGGUAGAUCCGUUCGCAACCUGAUACCUGGAGACAGAGUAGCCUGCCUUAGAUCAGGAACAGCCGCAAGUUUCUACCAAGACAGAGAAACUGCAUUUCAAAAAAUACCUUCGGAUAUGUCUUUUGAAACUGCUGCCGCGAUUCCCGCGGCUUAUUGCACAGCUUUCCAUGCCGUCCAUUGCCUUGCUGAUAUAAAACCCGGAGAUAGAAUAUUGAUUAGCUCUGCUGCUGGAGCAGUUGGUCAAGCUGCAAUCGAAGUAUGUACUGUAUCAGGUGCUCAUUCAUACGCGCUUGUGGGGAGCGCCGCAGAUAAAGAACUUUUCGUCUCCUCGUCUCUGUUGUCCGAUGAACGGAUACUGCGGACUGACGAGUCGUACUUCAAAGAUCUCCUUAUGUUGACCGAUAACAAAGGAGUGAAGACAAUACUUAACUGUGGUGAAUCCGACAAUCAUACCUUCCGUUCAUUAUGGAAAUGUUUUGGAGCAUCAGGCACUUUCAUUCAAUUACAUGCCCGUAACACAGCUGAGAAGCGUGGAUGGGAAGUGCCAGAACUCGACAAAGAUAUCAUUUUUGCUACAAUGGACAUUGAGAACCUAGUCAAUAAUAAUUCUGAAAUGCUUGACGAGGUUUGGGACCGAGUAGCGCGUCUUUUUCGCCGAGGCACACUCCGUGGUCACUCACACCCGACCUCUUAUAGCAUCUCGAACUUUGCUGAAGCGCUGGAUGUUCUCACGCUAACAAAUCAUCGAGACUUGAUUGUACUAACAGCUGGUACUGAUACUAUCGUCCCUAGGCAACCCGAUAUGCUUCUCCGACCAGAUGUAUCAUACAUGCUUGUCGGGGGUCUCGGUGGUAUCGGUCGCGCGACAGCACUCUGGCUGGCAGAUCAUGGAGCAAGAACAAUCAUCUUCGUCAGUAGGAGCGGACUAUCAGGAGCAUCGUCCCAAAGGACUAUACAGGGAUUGAACGAGAAGGGAGUCCGAACCAUCAUUCAUGCCUGCGACAUAUCCCAAUCUGAUCAAGUUGAAAAGAUGGUGAACGAUCUUCAAGAAACUGUACCACCAAUUCGGGGCGUCAUCCAAGGUGCCAUGAUUCUAAGGGACACCCAUAUCGAGAAAAUGACUCUUGCCGACUACACUACAAUACUUGGGCCAAAGUACCACGGCACUUGGAACCUCCACCGCUACCUCCCAUCCAAUCUCGACUGGUUCGUCAUGCUAUCUUCCAUUAGCGGCAUAAUAGGCAACGCGACGCAGGCCGCCUACGCCGCCGGCUCAACAUUCAUGGACUCAUUCGCAGCAUACCGUAACUCCUUAGGCCUUCCGGCAGUAUCCUUAGAUCUAGGAGUAAUCACCGAUGCGGGCUAUCUAGCCGAGAACAAAGAACUGGCAUCGAAAAUGGAGCAGCAGGGAUUCCAGGGAACUGAUACUAAGACCCUUAUGUCAUUGAUCGAGGUAGCAAUCACGAGCUGCCAGGAAGACAGAACGACUUCCCAAAUAAUUACCGGUUUGGGUCAGUGGAAAGCAGGUCGAUCACUACCCAACUUCGAUGCACCUCUUUUCUCCCACUUUCGUCGACUCCAUCUGGACACGUCAGUCAGCUCCCAGACCGAAAUACCCGAUACACUGAGACAGGAUCUCCAGGCCACGAAAACCCUCGAAGAUGCUACAGCUGUAAUCUAUACAGCUUUAAGUACUCGAGUCGCCACUCAUCUCUCAAUUCCAGUUGACAGCAUCAACCCUACAGGUCCAAUAACGGAGUACGGAAUCGAUUCUCAUGUAGCGGUCGAACUGCGGAACUGGAUCUCCAAACACAUAGAGGGCACGGUUCCUAUUCUGGAAAUCUUAGCUAGUUCGUCCUUGAUGGAGUUGGCAGGGAAGAUAGCAGACAGGUCCAAUCUAGUUAGGGUCGAUGAGGAGCAGUUAUCGUCGGCGUUCUGA